GAAGGUGCGUGGGCAGUUGUCGAGCACUGUGUUGAUAAAGUUCAUUCAAAUAAACAGAGUAACGUCACAGCACAAUGGCUGCCAGUAGCACAGCUGUGACAGUUCUUACCCCAAAUGGAAGAAGACAAACCAUUAAAGUGUCCCCAAACACGCCGAUGUUACAGGUGUUGGAGGACGUCUGCAAAAAACAUGGAUUCAAUGUCGACGAUUAUGGUUUGAAGUUUCAAAGGAAUGUGCUGGACCUAACAGUACAGUGGAGAUUUGCAAGCCUGCCCAACAAUGCCAAACUGGAAAUGGUGCCAAGCACAAGGAAACAAGCUGCAGCUGACAGCCAGGUGCGGAUUGCUCUGCAGAUGGAGGAUGGUUCUCGACUCCAAGGUUCUUUCUGUUGUGACCAGAACUUGUGGGAACUGCUCACAAACUUUCCGCAGAUCAGAGAAUCUGAGCUUCUGCAGUCUGGUUAUACUCCUGUGUGUGUCUACAUGAGAGAUGAGGCGAAUGGGGAGGAGGCACUGAAGAAGACCACUCUAAAGUCUCUAGGACUCACAGGAGGAAGUGCCAUUCUCAGGUUUUUACUCAAAAAGAAUAAGACACCAGAAGAGGAAGAUGGAGGGCAACCCAUAAAAACAGCUGCUAUGCAAACAACACCCAUUGCCAAUGAAAGGAUGCCUAGUCCCUCUCUCCACUCCGAUCUUGCUCCCUCAGAGCCUGAGCCAUUACCAUUGGAGAGGGUGACCACUAAUUCCAACCCUAAUAGUCCGAAGGAGACCUCACCUCCCUCAGCUCUGGCCUCUGCCACCUCAUCUGCAAAUAACACAGUCCCUGUCCAACAAGAAGGGGUCUCAAGCCGCCAGAAUGAUGUUGGGGCUAAGGGCCGCUCCAUUGGCCAAAAGCCACAAGAGGAGGAUGGCGAGAAAGCAGGGCCAUCAGGACUAAAAUCCACCUACCCACCCUCUUCCUUGUCUCCUCCCUCUGUAUCAUUCAUUCCUUUCUCUGGAGGUGGCCAGCGCCUUGGAGGUCCAGGGGGAGAAGAGGAGGGAAGAUCAUUAGCAUCAACAUCCUCAUCUUUCUCAGCAGUGGCUGUGGCCGGAGGGUCGCCCAAAGCCAAAAAAGCCAAACCGAGCCAUUAUUACAAUGCCAAGCGUCAAGUCAUUACCAGUCAGGGAGAUGAGGAGAUGGAACAGAAGGAGGAAUUUUUGGAGCCGGUGGAGAGGGAGCCUCUCAUCUACAGUCUGGACUCUGGGACUCACAGUCAGGAAAACCACGAGGACCUGCCUGAUGAAUUCUUUGAAGUGACAGUGGAUGAUGUACGCAAACGGUUUGCCCAGUUGAAGAGUGUGAGGAGGUCGUUCGAGGAGGCUCCCCUAAUGACUAAAGCCCUGAGGGAGGCCCAGAUGAAGGAGAAGAUGGACAGAUAUCCCAGAGUUGUCCUGAGGGUCCAGUUUCCAGACAGACAUAUUCUCCAGGGCUUCUUCAGGCCUCUAGAAACAGUUGCUGCUCUGAGCCAUUUUGUGAAGAGUCACUUGGAGGAUCCUCAGCUCCGCUUCUACUUGUUCAUUGCUCCCCCCAAAACUAUUCUGGACAAUCCAUCAGUCACACUUUUCCAGGCCAACCUGUUCCCCGGUGCUCUGGUGUACUUUGGUUCUGAUAUUAAGUCAGAUUUUUACUUACAGAGGGAGCUCCUAGACUCUCGUGUCUCGGCCUUUCAAGCCAAUGAGUCUAUUGCACGCUGUAUGCCGAGAUCCACGGCACCCUACUCCAGCUCCGCUGACCUCAAGGACACCCUCCCUCCUCCAGAGCCUGCAAUGGGGUUGAGAGAGGCUGGAGAGGAUAGUCAAAGCCUCAACACACAAGAUGUGGCCCCCAAACCUUUGAGGUCCGACCCUGGAAAGGUACCCAAGUGGCUCAAGCUUCCAGUUAAGAAAUAAGGACGCUAGAGGGACUGACCACAGUGGCGGGCGACCUGAAAAGGAAAUCCUGUGUUUUGCUGACUCCAGCUCAAGCCUGCUCUCUACCAACACUGCUAAUUUCAGUCCAUAACUUGAUGAUGGAAAAGUAAAUAAUCCAUAAUGGAGAAGGCUCUGAUUUAAUGGUUUUUGUAAGAUUUAAUAGCGUGCGCUAAAUUAAUGAUGGAAUGAAUGAAUAAAUGAUCAACAUUGCUAUCUCUACAAGGAUGGGUUUUUUUUCCUUAUCUGAUUUGUGAGGGGAUAAUGUACAUAAAAGGCCAUUUUGUCUUAAAAUGGUUUCACAGGAAAAUAUGGCAGGAAAAAGAUCUUGGUAAAUUAUGUAACAAACUUGAAAAACAAGUCCUUACUUUCAUUAAGCAUAAGACAUUCAGGCGCCGGUUUUUCCCUCGUUCAGUACUAUCAAAUGGGUUUCUUUUUUUCAAGCAGUACAGUAUUACUUGAACCCGAAAAUAUGCCAAAAUACAA